UUUUCUCUGCCUACAUUUCCUACAGUUUCAGUAUAUUUUUAUUUAAAAAUUUUUAGAAUGUUUUACAAAAAGUUUUUGGCGGAAAUUUUUACAAAAUUCAUUACCGGCUUAUAUUGAAAACAUGCCACCGAGUAAACUCGAUAGCAUCUAUCGGCGUAUGCUAAUUACGCGAUUUUUUGAAAAAGGAUGGGGUACCCCAGAAAAUUUACAAAGGUUAUUCGAGUUUCGCAAAAUCAUAUCAAGGCGAGAGACAUGUUAUAAAUUAGUACCUCAAGAUUAUCCGGUGGAGAUAACAAAAAAUGAGAAAUAUGCAGAAUGUUCUAUUUUGGAGGGGAAGUUUAUGUCGCCAUUCGAAUUACACAUGCCUGGUGUUGUCCCAAAAGCUGCUAAAGAAGCUCACUUUCAAGUCAUAUUGCCAAAGAAAUGGAGGGAUGAGCGGUUCAAGCCAAUGUGUAUUCAUUUAGCUGGUACCGGAGAUCACUUCUAUUGGCGAAGGCGAAAUUUCAUUGCAAAACCCUUGCUUAAGGAGGCCAACAUUGGUGCAAUAAUAUUAGAAAAUCCUUUCUAUGGACUAAGGAAACCCGAUCAACAAGUUCGCUCAAAUUUGCACAAUGUUUCCGAUAUAUUUGUGAUGGGAGGCUGUCUUAUACUUGAGUGUUUGGUGCUAUUACAUUGGUGCGAGAGGAAUGGACUUGGACCGUUGGGCAUAACUGGUUUAUCUAUGGGAGGACAUAUGGCCUCCUUGGCGGCAACCAAUUGGCCAAAACCACUAGUGCUUGUUCCCUGCCUCUCGUGGUCGACAGCUGCGCCUGUAUUUACAACAGGUGUCAUGAGCCAAUCCAUUAAUUGGGAUAUGCUUGAAACUCAAUACCAUUCCGAUGGUAAAUAUAGUGAGCGCUUAUCAAAAAUGGUUACAGUGGUAGAUGAUGCAUUCGCGGCCGGCCAAAAAUUUAUAAAGAACUUCAACCAAUCAUUACAAGCCUUAAAGAAUGAUAUUAAUGACACGAGACAUGUGCAAAGAGAACAUGUUGACGAAACUUGCAAUAAAAACAUUGAAGUGGACAGUCUAAGGCAAAAUCAGUUGGAAGAAAAAAAUAAUAAUUCAAUUUUUUUAAAAGAAAAUUUAGCGAAAAAUAUUAUUAGCAACAAAAGUGUGGAAUUAGUAAAAAGUGAAAGCUCGGAAAAAGCUCUUCAAACGGAAAUCAAAAAUAGUAAAGAACAAUCAGCCUUAACGAAGCUAAUGAGAUUUAUAUUACCCAUGGCUGCACAAAGCGACAAUAAAAAAAUCGAUAUAACAAAAACAAAUUGGUGGGAACGGGAAGCUUUACAAUUUAUGCGUGGCAUGAUGGAUGAAUGUACACAUCUGAAGAAUUUUUCUGUGCCAUUUGAUACUUCGCUAAUAAUAGCUGUUUGCGCUAAGGACGAUGCGUAUGUGCCACGUGAAGGUUGCGCUAGUCUGGAGGAAAUAUGGCCGGGUGUGGAAGUACGAUAUCUUGAUGCUGGACACGUUAGUGCCUACGUUCUUCAUCAAAAGCUAUUUAGAAGCUGUAUAGUUGAGGCGUUCGAACGGUCGAAACAAGCUUACAACAUGGACAAAGAAAACAUCGGUGAAAAUAUAAAGCCAACUUUAACUUAUGAGGAACUUGUUAAUAAAUAUACAAAUUCUAUAUAACUGUUUAAAUAAUGAUGACGAUAUACAAACAUUUUUUAACAAAUUUACUCAAUGGCAAAUAUAUUAUUUUUUGAUUUUUAUGACUUUGUAUUUUUAAAACUGCGUUCGACUGAUAUUUUACUGUAUGAACACUGUAAGAGAAAUAUAUAAUAUAUGUAAAAAGUU